AAAUAAAAGGAAAAGAUUUAUUGGAAAAAAAAAGGACCCUAGCCUCCAUCUUCUUCUUCCUCUUUCCCUUGUAGCCGCCACCCCCGCCCCCAAUCCCCUUCAGCUAGUUUUCUCCGGCGAGCAUUCGACUUGUAAACGUGUGGAUCCACUCACUGUUUGUUGUUGGACCACAAACUACGCUACCUCACGUUGACGACAUGACCCACAAAACAAACCCACGCAUUUGAGACGUCUCUCUUUGUUGACGGCUUAGCGAACCCACGUCGACGACCCCGUUCCUCCGGCGACUGACAAGUAGACACCCACAUGGACGCAUUGUUUCUCCCUGUUUUGACAAGUUUCGACAUUGACCCACUCUUCGUUUGGCUUCAAAUCAAGUACCCAUAACGUUGAAGGUCCAGAAGAUUUGCAAGUUUGGACGUUUUUGGACUCCCACCAGCAAGAUUCGAAGGCUUUUUGGCUUUCUAAAGGUUGAAGUUCGUUCAAGGAAGUGGAUUGAGAAUUGAGAAUUAUAGGAUUGUUGAUUGAGGUCUCAAGGCAAUGAAGAAGGAAAUUCUUAAAUCGCCACCUAUCACAGCUUUCACUCCAGACGGUGACUAUCUCGCCAUCUUGUCCUCAAAUGGAACUCUAAAGAUUUGGAGUACCCGUGAUGGGAGUUUACUGGCAGAAUGGAAGGAUCCCGAUGGAAAAAAUGAUGUUGGUUAUUCCUGUAUGGCAUGCUGUUUUCAGGGGAAAAAGCGUAAAAACAGUUACUGUGUAGUUGCUGUUGGUACCAAUAGUGGGGAUGUGUUGGCUGUGAAUGCUUCAAACGGUGAGAGAAAGUGGGUCUCCGCAGGUUGCCAUCUUGGCGGAGUUAUUGGCCUUUCUUUUGCGAACAAAGGCCGUAGACUGCAUGCGGUUGGAAGUAAUGGAAAGGUCUCUGAGAUGGACACUGAAACAGGAAACAUUAUCAAGGAGUUCAAAGCUUCGAAAAAAUCAAUCUCUUCUUCAUCCUUUUCACUUGAUGAGAAGUACUUAGCUGUAGCUGGUAAAAAGUUAAAAAUUUUAAGCAAAGAUGAUGGGGAUGAGCUUAUGGUGCAUCCUGAUAAAUUGGGUCCUGUGAAGCUUGUUUCUCUAUCUGAUGAUGCCAAAACAAUAAUUACGUCAGAACUUGGAGCCAAACAUCUUCAAGUGUGGUGGUGUGAUAUGAGUGCUGGAAAACUUAGUAGGGGUCCUGUUCUCUCCAUGAAGCAUCCUCCGUUUGUCUCUGAAUGCAGAAAUGUUAGCAAUCAAGAAGACAACGUGGUUGUCUUGUCAGUAUCAGUAUCAGGUGUAGCUUAUUUAUGGAAAUUAAAGAUACUAUCUGAAGAUGAGGUUAGUCCAACUAAAGUCUCUGUAAAAGCUAAUGACAACCAAUCAGCUGAGGAAAACCAUGGAAGUGCUAAGAAGAAUCGAGUUUCUGUCAUUGCUUCCAGAAUAAAUGGUGUAGGAGACAAUGAAGUGUCAGUUCUUGUUACUCAUGGCUCCAUGGACCUACCACAGCAUAGUCUUUUUAGUAUUGGUUAUUCCGUGAAGGAAGAUGUGAACACUGCACGUGGGAAUAAAACACUCCAACAAAAUGAUGAUUGUUCUGAACAAGGUCCCCAUGAGGUUGAGCAAGAAGUGGUUACGCCGAAAAGUAAGAAAGGCAAAAAGAAAAGAGCAGCAUCUGAUCUUGAUAGUCUGACAACUGGAGAUAUCAGUGAUGUUGGCAAUGGAGAUGCUUCUGAUGUAAUAUUUAAUGAUGAUUUAAAUGAGCCAUCCAUGGGAGAGAAACUUGCGAGUUUGAAUUUGGUGGACCAGAAUGAGGAUGAAGGUCGUGAAAAAGAACCUUCCGUCCCUGCAAUACCACCAAGUGCAGACUCUGUUCAGGUUUUGCUUAAGCAAGCGCUACAUGCAGAGGAUCGCGUCCUUUUGCUAGAAUGCUUAUAUACCAAGGAUGAUAAGGUUAUUUCAAAAUCAAUAGCACAAUUAAAUUCAUCUGAUGUUCUCAAGCUUUUGCAUUCUCUGAUAUCCUUUAUCCAGUCAAGAGGUGCAAUUCUUGUAUGCGUCCUCCCUUGGCUGAGAGGCUUACUUCUCCAACAUGCUAGUAAAAUUAUGUCUCAAGAAUCUUCCCUCCUUGCCUUGAACUCUCUAUAUCAGCUCAUUGAGUCUAGAAUUUCAACUUUCCAAUCCGCUCUACUGCUAUCAAGUAGCUUAGACUUCCUCUACUCAGGGGUCCUUGAUGAGGAGGUAGACGAAAAUGAUGCCAUUGUGCCAAUUAUUUACGAGGAGGACGAUAGCGACGAUAAGGAAUCGGGAGAUGAAAUGGAAACUGAUGAAGACGAGGAAAGGGAUGAAGUAGAAGCCUUUGACGAUCUUAGUGCUGGUGAAGUGGAUGAUGACAUGAGUGAGUGAUUACGAAGCUACAAAAUGCUUUGUGGGGUUUUUAUUUUUUGACCUUCCUUUUUUCCGAGAUGAGCUUGAUCUGUAAUUUUGACAUGAUUAAUUCUCCACAUGAAUGAGAAUUAUAUAAACCCAUUGGCCCAAGUUGCAAACUUGUUAUGUGUUCUUUAGUUCUUUAAAAGGCAGCAAAUUUUCAUCUCGAGUGUAAAAUCUGAAGGCAGAAUCUUUAUAUUGAAUAAAACCAUCAACCAAUUCAGAUGCAAA